AUGGGCGAAAUACUUUCUUUUGUGGGUACUUGCUACCUUGGCAUUGCUCGUAAUGCUAGAGUAUGUGAGGCCGUUACUCAAGCGCAGUGGAGUGUCAGAGGACAUAGGAGUCGGCAUUUCCAUGAGUUACAUGCCCGCAUUCAGAGAGAACUGGUACCUGAUGAUCAACAAGGACAAGAUGUAAUCCUGUGGAAGCACUCCUAUGACAAUUUCAAACCAUGGUUCUCUUCAGCGCGCACUUGGGAUCAGAUCAGGCAAAAGAAGGCCACAGUUUUCUGGAACAAGAGUGUAUGGUUCACGCAAGGAGUACCGAGAUUCUCUUUAAUAGUCUGGUUGGCUGUGAGGAACAUACUAUCAACAGGAGACCGAAUGAGAGCUUGGGGCAUUCAUCAAGGCUGUCCUAUGUGUGGAGAGAGGGAUGAAACACGGGAUCAUGUCUUCUUCGCGUGUCCCUACUCUUUUACAGUGUGGGACAAGCUAGCUAACAGGCUGAGUGGUAACAGAACGGAUCCUGACUGGAUGACCUUGCUGCAGUUCUUAAGCACAAACAACCUGCAGGAAAUGGACAAGAUACUGCUCAAGAUGGUCUUUCAAGCCACCAUCUACCAUUUAUGGCAGGAAAGAAACCGAAGACGGCAUCAGACAGGCCAGCACACGGUUGAUCAAACAGUCAGAGCCAUUGACAAGGCAAUGAGAAACAAAAUCUCCUCUCUACGCUACAGAGCUGACCAGUUCACUGGUCUGAUGCAAAUAUGGUUUGAAGUCUCAGCCAAUACAUAG